GCGUUUGGACUGGAGAGAUGGCCCCUGCCAAGACCGGAAGGCGGAACAACCGCCAGGAGAAGAAGAUGACCACGACCACGAGGGCGAGUAGGGCGGUCGGUAACCGGCGUCCGAUCGGAUCCGCGUUCUCCAAGUUCGGGAGGGUUGCCGCUCUGCACGCGCGGCGAAAGAUCGUCAAAGAACGGGGCAGCAAGCGCGGCCGAUCUGGUGGCUUGGCCACCGGAAGAAAUGAGAGGGUCCGGCUCGAUGCCAGGGUCCUAGAUGCAAACAUGUUAAGUUCCCGUAGACACGGUGAAGGUGUGGCUCACAAACAAGACGGAUUAGUCACUGGCAGGCUUGGCGAGUCUGCAGUCCAUAAAUAUUUCGUUGAGAAGCUUGGAUGUAGUAGCAUAAAGUGGAUGAACGAAGACAAUGAAUCCGGGCUACUUUACGAUAUCAGCAUCACAAAAGCUGAUGCAACAGAAUACGUGGAAGUGAAAGCAACAUCUAUUCCAAACAAGAACCGGUUCCACAUUACACGCAGGGAACUACAGUUUGCAGCAGAGAAAGGAGAUUCGUUAACCAUUGCCUAUGUUUUGCUGUCGAAGCCAGAUAAAGCAAGCAUUGUGUUUCUGAAAAACCCGCACAAGCUUGUACGACAGAGGGAUUUGAAACCAGCAAGCAUUGUGUUUUUCAAAAGCUGACACGAGCUUCUACGACAAAGGGAUUUGAAGCCUGCCCUUGUAAUGUCGACGAGAUGCGAAAAGCUUGUCAGCAAAUUCAUGGAACAAAUCUCAGUUGUACUGAAGCGGUGAAGCCUGGCUGUAAAUGAUAACCAGUUCAAGUGAGAUGAAUCUUCAUCUUGGUAUGCCUUACUUGCCCCUAUACCAUGCAACUGUUAUUUGCAUCCUCCAUCCUAGUUCUUUUAAAAUUUCCUCUUGCCGCAUGAAACCUGGAACCUCGAGUUGUAAGGUUAACCAUGCUGUUGUUGCUUAACAGUAUAGUGUAUAAAUAAGCGAGUACAGCUUUCGUAUGGAUGUUAUUAGUUUGCUGCAAUGGCUGGCAGCCUGCGGCUCUGUAUAAGUGACAGUGGCCUUCUUGCCGCCGUAAGAAUGUAAGUGCAAGGCGCCGGUCGAUGCAAUGCAGUUGGCUUAUAUAUCUAAGAUCCGAUUAUCCGAGCACGGCUUAAAUAUACUCUGGCUUUGUUGCACAAAGUUUGCGAUUAGCCAUGUGCUUCCAUAGUGAUUCAUCAGGUUCAAUGUCCACACAUGCAUGUUUCCCCAAUGUGAACCAUUUUGGACACUUGAGGGUAUGAUGUCUUCCAGAAAGCAUCAACAAUGAUGCAAUCCAUCAUGUGCAAACAAAAUUAAAGCAAGAUCACAUUAGGCGAACAUUAUUAAGUAGUAAUAAUGUCGCUAAUUCAUGAUCCUCUGUUCACAAACAUAUACAUAACCAUAGUUUACAAAGCCCGGCAAUGUGUGCUGUAUUUUGAUAUUCUAUUGUCAUGGCUACAUAUUAGGAAUAAAUUGGUGCAUUGCGUUGUCAAAAUACAACAGCAUUCCCACUAAGCCAUAAGGCCAACUGGCCAAGCAUAGAGCAGGCUCCAAUCAAUAUGAGCACCACUAGCUAGUGGAUCUAAACUAAGGGAAAUCUGUAAAGCCUCCUAAAAACCUUAGGGUGUGAUCGGACAACUUUUGUUCGUCGCUGGUUUGAUCUGUCAGUUGAUCAGUAUUACUGCGACAUGGUGGAAUGUGUCUAUGGGUGAAAGCUUGCCUUGGUUUAUGUUGGUGCCCACAGGGAUGGCGAUUUUGUUGAUAUCAUUGUAAGGACUGCAGAGGUGUGAAUCUUUCUCCACGCUUUGCAGGUCGGAUCCCAUAUUUUCCAGUGGCUGGAGACGUCGCAGUUAGAGGAAGAAGGUGAGCGGCGUUUCCUUUUAACAAAGGUGAUCGGUAUUGUGGAAGGAAAAGACGGCAGAGCGCUCAAGGUUGAGGACAGCGGGGCCGUGUGAUAAUGGGCUGCUCUGCACCCAGUACUGGGCUGCCCAGUUUGAGGGAAUUCUUCCCGCACUCCACUCAUACUCCAUGAAGACAUCCACCACCUCGGAAGUGCUCUGAGGAAUAAUUAGCCACCAUUAAUAGAAUCACCUCACUACCGUUGUAUUACUCCACCACCUCUGUACUACUACUAGAAUAAAGGGAGGCCGUCAAAUCUCGUCCCUCGGUUUGUAAGGUAAUCAAGGUUUGUGCUAAGUGCUUGGGGUUUCCCAAAAGGGAAAGCCGCGUGUAAGCUUGUCCCGUGGAAAUAGAUUAAGCUGUCCUGGUAGCAUCCCUGCCUUCCUUUAAGCUCGUUCGUAUGGGGCGAUGUCUCUACAUUAGGGAGAACUGCC